GGUGCUGCGGGCGUUGGCCGCCAGAGCAGACAUGGGGGCCGGCAGCACGGGAUCUGUGCUUGCUGUCCUGGGAGUGCUUGGUAUCUGUGCGGCCAGAGGCCCAGGACCCGCGGCGGAGGGGCAGACCCGCGGGGAGGCGGAGUGGGCGGAGCCGUGGGAUGGCGCGGUUUUCCGGCCUCCGUCGGCGCUGGGCGCAGUGGGGGUGGCUCGCAGUCCGGGGGCCCCGCGGCCCGGGAGGGAGGAAGCGGUGGACUUGCCGGUGCUGCUGUGGUGGAGCCCGGGGCUGUUUCCUCACUUCCAGGGAGACUCGGAGCGCAUCGAGUGCGCGCGCGGCGCGUGCGUGGCGUCCCGGGACCGACGGGUGCGGGGAGACUCGCGGACGCGCGCGCUGCUCUUCUACGGCACCGACUUCCGCGCGUCCGAGGCGCCGCUUCCGCGCCUGGCGCACCAGAGCUGGGCGCUUCUGCACGAGGAGUCGCCCCUCAACAACUUCUUGCUGAGCCACGGUCCGGGCAUCCGCCUCUUCAAUCUUACCGCCACCUUCAGUCGCUACUCGGACUACCCGCUACCGCUGCAGUGGCUGCCGGGGAUCGCUUACCUGCGCCGCGCGGCACCUCCGCUCGAGGAGCGCGCACAGUGGCGCCGCCGCGGCUACGCGCCGCUGCUCUAUCUGCAGUCCCACUGCGACGUGCCUGCUGACCGGGACCGCUACGUGCGCGAGCUCAUGCGCUACAUUCCGGUGGACUCCUAUGGGAAGUGCCUGCAGAAUCGGGAGCUGCCCGCGCCGCGGUUACGGGACACAGCCACAGCCACCACCGAGGAUCCAGAGCUCUUGGCCUUCUUGUCCCGCUAUAAAUUCCAUUUGGCCCUCGAAAAUGCCAUCUGCGACGACUACAUGACAGAAAAACUGUGGCGCCCCAUGCACCUCGGCGCUGUACCCGUGUACCGCGGCUCUCCCUCUGUGAGGGACUGGAUGCCGAGCAACCACUCCAUCAUCCUCAUUGACGACUUUGAGUCGCCGCAGAAGCUGGCAGAGUUUAUUGACUUCCUGGACAAAAAUGAUGAAGAAUAUAUGAAAUACUUGGCAUACAAGCAACCUGGGGGCGUCACUAACCAGUUUCUUCUGGAUAGUUUGAAGCAGCGCGAAUGGGGAGUGAAUGACCCCUUACUGCCUAACUACCUUAACGGCUUUGAGUGUUUUGUCUGUGACCACGAACUGGCGCGGCUGGAUGCCGAGAAGGCCCACGCAGCCUCUCCUGGGAACAGCCCGGUCCCUGAGCCUCAUAUUGCCCAGCCCUCACACAUGGACUGCCCGGUGCCCACACCUGGCUUUGGCAGUGUGGAAGAGAUUCCUGAGAAUGACAGCUGGAAGGAGAUGUGGCUCCAAGAUUAUUGGCAAGGUCUGGACCAAGGGGAAGCCCUCACUGCCAUGAUCCACAACAAUGAGACACUUCAGGGGAAAUUUUGGGAUUACCUAACAGAGAUCUUCAUGAAAAGGAACCAAAAUCUCUAAUUGCUCAUACAAGUAUUUAACUUGACAGAGCUAAGGAGAUGGAAGUCCUUCAACCACGGGACAUGAAGGAUAUCCAGUGCACGAGUCCUUAAUGAACACUCUUACCAUGAAUCCCAGGAGUAAGUUAUAUCCACUGAUGCUUUAUUCUAAUCAUGUGUAGCCAGGGUCUCAGCUCAUGGCAAUAGAGCCUCUUCUCAAGGAGAGAUGACGGCAUCCCGUUUUUGAUUCAAUGGGAACCAUAAGCCUGAAACACCCCCAUUUGACUCAAGGUGCUGAUCAACAGAAUUUUUAAAGAACUCCUUAUUUUUCUAGCUCUUUCUGCCUCUCAGUCAUGAUUGGGACAUGUUAGUACUUGGCUGUGAAUGAGGUAAGAUGGGCCAGGUUUAAAGUAUGAAAACCUCUCCUGUAUUCUUUAAACCACUCAUUAUUCAGUACCUUUUCCUAAUUUCUAUUCCUGUUUCUUGCUCUAUAAACUGUUUAUGUUGGUGGUGAAGCAAAACUCCUGGUGGGUUGUAUCCGGGCUCUCUGGAGUUGUAUUUUUUUAAUAUCACUUACUUUGCCUUUCAUGUCAGCCUUUUUAUUUUGAAUGGCUUUUCUUGCCUGAUUUCCCACAAUUUCUGUUGGAGAUGGAGUAGCCUUGCCACCAUUCCCACACUCAUUUCCACCUGCAUUAAACUGGCUCUAGAUCGGA